GGCGGAGAUGGCGGCCGCGAAUCCAGGUGGGAGAGAUUGUGUGCGGGAGAGUCCUGGCCGGGGCGGGUUUCCAUGGCUGGCUGGCUGGCUGGCUGGCUGGCGGGCUGGUUGAAGUAGGAUUUGAAGUCGAGGAGUGUGAGGAGGAGAAAGAUGAUGAAGACGAGGUGGUGGUGAUGGUGAUGGUGGCGGUAGUGGUAGUGGUGGUAUUGGUUUUUCUCCCCUCACCGCCGCCGCCGCCGUCGCUGCUACUGCUGCUGCUGCUGCUGCUGCUGCUGCUGUUGCUUGCUUGCUGCCAGUGAAGAGGAGUGUGAAGGAGUGUUGGGAUGAAGAG